CCAAUUGAAAGAAGAGUUUCAGGUGGUGCGCACUCCCCUAAACUGGGACUGGGGGGAGCUCAUACAAUUCUGUAAACUCAACAUGGCGGAUCAAUAACAAACGUCUUGUGUGUUAUUCGACAUUUGGUGACAUUACUUGGGAACAUGGCAGACAAAAAAGGGAAACACAUUGGUACUAAGAGGACACUAACCAAGAAAGAACAAGAGGAGCUGAAGAAAAAGGAAGAAGAGAAAGCGGCGGAGGUUUUUGAAGAGUUUUUAGCGUCUUUCGACGGCAAUGAGAAAAGUGGCGUGAAGACGUUUGUGCGAGGGGGGAUUGUGAACGCCACUAAAGAGGAAGAAGCUGCCGAGGUGAAGAAGAGCAAAGUCUACCGGCCAGCCACCAAAUUUUCAGCGCCGCCUCAGAAUGCAAUAUCAACGCCCACGUCGGAAAGGAAAUCUGUCGCUAAGAAGAAGACCGAAGAGAAGAAGAAGAGCAACCUCGAACUGUUUAAAGAGGAACUAAAGCAGAUACAGGAGGAACGGGAGGAGAGGUACAAACGGAAGAAAAACGACCCCGGGGGCUUCACAGACCUGGACCUCCCCCCAUCGCGGCGUUCACUGUUCGAUGAUGACCCUGGGAUGCCCACUACUACCAACCUCUAUAUUGGAUGCAUUAACCCAAAGAUGAACGAGGAAAUGCUCUGUAAGGAGUUUGGGAAGUACGGGCCUCUGGCCAGCGUGAAGAUCAUGUGGCCGCGGACGGACGACGAGCGCACCAGGGUCACCAACCGCGGCUUCGUGGCGUUCAUGACCCGGAAAGACGCGGAAAGGGCCCUGGCGGCACUCGACGGUAAAACGGUUAUGGGUUUCGAAAUGAAGCUGGGCUGGGGCAAAGCGGUUCGUAUCCCGCCCCAGCCGCUGUACACGCCCAUAGGCGUGCUCAAAACGUCCACCCCCCCUCCGCCGUCGGGCCUUCCCUUCAACGCCCAGCCUCGGGAGAGGUUCCGAAACGACUUCACCAAGCCCCUGAACCGGUCCAAGGAGGAGUUUGAAAAGACUCUGUCCGAAGCCGUAGUCAAAGUGGUUAUCCCGACCGAAAGAAACCUUUUAGGGCUCAUCCACAGGAUGAUAGAGUUUGUGGUGCGUGAGGGGCCCAUGUUCGAAGCCAUCAUCAUGAGCAACGAGAAGAACAAUCCCGACUUCAGGUUCCUGUUUGAUAACAAGAGUCAAGCGCACGUUUACUACCGGUGGAAACUGUACUCCAUUCUGCAGGGCGAAUCGCCCAACGAGUGGAGGACUUCAGACUUUAGAAUGUUCCGGGGGGGCUCCAUCUGGCGGCCGCCCCUGCUGAACCCCUACCUGCACGGGGCUGAGGACAGCCGGGAGGAGGAAGAGGAGGAGGAGGAAGAGCUGAAGAAAGGGCAGCUGAAGGCAGAGCACAGAGACAGGCUGGAGACCCUCCUGAGGACACUGACGCCGCGGCGGGAGGAGGUUGGCGAUGCCAUGGUGUUCUGCCUGGAGCGGGCGGAGGCGGCGGAGGAGGUGGUGGGGUGCAUCGCAGAGUCUCUGUCCCUCCUGCAGACGCCGCUGCAGAAAAAGAUUGCAAGAUUAUAUUUGGUGUCUGAUAUCCUGUACAACUCAUGUGCCAAAGUUGCAAAUGCAUCCUACUACCGCAAAUACUUUGAAACAAAACUGCCCCAGAUAUUUGGAGACAUUAGUGAGGCAUAUCGGAACGUUCAGGCAAGACUUCAAGCAGAGCAGUUUAAGCAAAAGAUCAUGUCGUGUUUUCGGGCUUGGGAAGACUGGGCCAUCUACCCUGAGUCUUACCUGAUCCAGCUGCAGAACAUUUUCCUGGGCCUGGUCAGAGCUGGAGAGGAGGUGGUCAUGCGGCCAGAGUCUCCAGAUCUGGAUGGGGCUCCACUGGAGGACGUAGACGGGGUUCCCCUGGAGAACGUGGACGGGUCGCCCAUGGCCGGCCUCCCCUGGGACCCCGCCUCUCUGGACGGCGUGCCUGUGGACGACAUCGACGGCGUUCCCCUCGGCGACGCGCUGGACGAUAUCGACGGGAUGCCCCUGGAGGAAAACUCUGACAAAGACAAGGGUCUUCCUCACACCCGGGUGGCGCUGUCCAAAUGGGAGAGAGUGGACGAUGCAGACGCCGUACCUCAAGCAAACACUGAAUCAAAAUGGGAUGCACUUGAAGACCAGGACUCUGAAGACAAUGUGAAUGCUGGUCCUCUCCAUGCUGAGGCUGUGGCCUCCCUCCACAGUGUGGAGCCCAAGGAGGGCGAGCGGGAGUCGGAGGAGGACAGCAGUGAUGAAGACUCCUCCAGCCCCUCCAAGUUCGACGGCGCCGAGUUCAAAAGCUCGGUGAAAAACUUUGAGCUGUCGGAGAGCAAGAGGAUAAAGCUACGGGAGCUGGAGUUGAAGGUGAUGAAAUUCCAAGAUGAGCUGGAGUCAGGGAAAAGGCCACGGAAGCUAGGCAAGAGUGUGCAGCAGCAAGUAGAACACUACAGAAACAAGCUCUUACAGAAGGAGUUUGACAAGGAAGACCAGGAGAAAAAGGAGAAGUCCACGCCCAAGUCUAAAGAGCGGGCGAAGAAGGAGGAGAGGAAGGAGAAAGUGGAGGAGAGAGGCAAGGGGAAGGACAAGGACCGGAAGAGGGGCAAGGAGCAGAGCCAGGAUCGAGAGCGCAACCGGGGGCGCAGCAAAGACGGCGAGGAGGAGAGGGGCCGGGAACGCCCGGACCGAUACCGGAGCAGCUCCCCCAACACGUCCAAAUCCAAGUCCCCGAAGAAGUCCAAACGGUCCCGGUCACCUUCUCCAAGCAGGCGGUCGUGGAGGUCGAGUUCGCGGUCGCCGCAUCGUUCCCACAAAAAGUCGAAGAAGAGCAAACACUGACGGGCCCGCCCCCCCCCCUCCGACAGCGCCCAGCAGGGGUGCACAGACUGCUCUGCCACUGCUCUCUGUCCCAUAGUGCCCCUGGAGGGGCCUCGGUAGCCCCCAGUGCUCGGACAGCUUGAGUCAUGGUUUGAACAUUAUUUGUACAGUUUUCUGUGUUUGGUUUUUAUUUUUUUGUUUUUUUUUAAACCCCCCUGUUAAAAUCAGUCUAUUGCAAAUAUGCUCCUGAAACUUUACAAUAAACGACACUCGCUGAUGUCACCCUCUAUGA